UGCAUUCUGCAUUAAACGUCAAAACAAUCCACAAGCCGAAAGCGCUUGUUUCGUGUGAAAGAGAUUGUGAAGAAUUUAGUGAAAUUGUGCGUAAUUACUAAUAGUAAACCAAUCACACAGCGCAUAGGGCUAGUGUACAUUCGUUUUAGAGUCGUUUUAGACCGGAGUUUGUAAGGAAUUAAGUUUAUCAGUAUCACAACAACAGCAACAUGGCUGACGCAGCAGCACGACAGCUACAGUACGAGUACAAGGCGAACUCAAACCUUGUGCUUCAAGCGGAUGUGCGCCUCAUCGAGCGUCCUCGGCGUGAUGAGGCAACGGGCGAGGUAAUUUCGCUCGUUGGCAAGCUCGACGGUACCCGGAUGGGGGACCGGGCGCAGCGCAGCAAGCCGGAGAAAACGGAAGAGCGUAAAGCGAAGCGGCAGAAGCGCGACGAGGCCCAGUACGACUUUAACAGCAUGAAAGGCGCAACGUUGCUUUCCGAAGGUAUCGACGAGAUGGUCGGCAUCGUGUAUCGGCCAAAGACGCAGGAAACGCGCCAAACGUACGAGGUGCUGCUCAGCUUCAUCCAAGAAGCGAUCGGCGACCAGCCGCGCGACAUUUUGCGCGGUGCGGCGGAUGAAAUUUUGGCCGUGCUGAAGAACGAUCGUAUGAAGGAGCGUGAAAAGAAGCGCGAAAUCGACGGUUUGCUGGGCAGUGUGGCGGAUGAACGGUUCGCGCUGCUGGUGAAUCUGGGCAAGAAGAUUACGGACUUUGGUUCGGAUGCGGCCACUGCCAUCGGUGGUGCGGGACAGGCCGGUCCGGGAGGGGACGAACCGAUCGAUGAAACGUACGGCAUUAACGUGCGGUUCGAAGAGUCGGAGGAAGAGUCGGACGAGGAUAAGUAUGGAGAGGUGCGCGAAGACGAUGGGCAGGACGAGGGCGAGGAGGCCCGGGACGAUGGUAUUCUGCAUGCGGAAAACCUGGGCGGCGGAGAGGAUAUGAACAAGAAGGAGAAAGCGCUUGAUCCGCGCGACAUCGAUGCGCACUGGCUGCAGCGUUGCUUGCGCAAGUACUACAACGAUUCAAUGAUGUCCCAGGCGAAAGCGCUCGAGGUGUUGAGCGUGCUGAAGGAGUCGGGCGACGAUCGGGAGUGUGAGAACCAGCUGGUGCUGCUGCUGGGCUACGACUGUUUCGAUUUCAUCAAACAGUUGAAGAAGAACCGACAAAUGAUCCUGUACUGUACGAUGCUGGCGCAGUCGCAGAGCGAGAGCGAUCGGGCGAAGCUGCGCGAUCGUAUGAAGUCGGAUGCGGCACUGGCGAAGAUCUUGCGCCAGCUCGAUACAGGCAAGCAGGAAGCGCAAGAAGCACGCGACUAUGCCAACGGUGGUGGAGCGGAUGGAUCGGAUACAAAAACUUCGCUUCGAUCGCGUCGCGAGCGGGCCAUGGACGAAGGCGCCAUGGACGACAUGGACGUACACGUGGGCGGUGCUGCCGAACGGACGGCCCCGGUAGGGGGGACCAUUUUGGGCAACCGAACCGUGCUGGAGCUGGACGAGCUGGCAUUCACUCAAGGCUCGCAUCUGAUGGCCAACAAACGCUGCCAGCUGCCGGACGGAUCGUUCCGCAAGCAACGCAAGGGCUACGAAGAGGUGCACGUGCCCGCCCUUAAACCGCGCCCGUUCGACGAAGACGAGGAGCUGAUCGCCAUCGAGAAGCUGCCGAAGUACGUGCAGCCAGUGUUUAACGGGUUCAAGACGCUGAACCGCAUACAGAGCCGGCUGUACAAGAGCGCACUGGAGAGCGACGAAAAUCUGCUGCUCUGCGCACCCACCGGCGCUGGUAAGACGAACGUGGCCCUGCUCACGAUGAUGCGCGAGAUCGGCAAGCACAUCAACGACGACGGUACGAUCAAUGUGGACGAGUUUAAGAUCAUCUACAUUGCUCCGAUGCGAUCGCUGGUGCAGGAAAUGGUGGGCAACUUUGGCCGGCGGCUGGCGACGUACAAUCUCACGGUGGCGGAGUUGACGGGCGACCAUCAGCUGAGCCGGGAGCAGAUUGCGGCGACACAGGUCAUCGUGUGCACGCCGGAAAAGUGGGACAUUAUCACGCGCAAAGGAGGCGAGAAGACGUACACGCAGUUUGUGCGUUUGGUGAUUAUUGAUGAAAUCCAUCUGCUGCACGAUGAGCGUGGUCCCGUGCUGGAGGCGCUCGUCGCCCGAACGAUCCGGAACAUCGAAACGACGCAGGAAGAUGUGCGCCUUGUCGGUCUUUCGGCCACACUGCCCAACUACCAGGAUGUGUCGACGUUCUUGCGCGUUCGCCCGGAAACGGGAUUGUUCUACUUUGACAACAGCUACCGACCGGUCGCCCUCGAGCAGCAGUACAUCGGUGUGACGGAGAAGAAGGCACUGAAGCGGUUCCAGGUGAUGAACGACAUCGUGUACGAGAAGGUGAUGGAGCAUGCGGGCCGCAACCAGGUGCUGGUGUUUGUGCAUUCGCGCAAAGAGACGGGCAAGACGGCACGCGCCAUCCGCGACAUGUGCCUCGAGAAGGACACGCUCGGGACGUUUCUGCGCGACGGGUCGGCCAGCAUGGAGGUGUUACGGUCCGAGGCGGAGCAGGUGAAAAACCAAGAGCUGAAGGAUUUGCUGCCGUACGGAUUUGCGAUCCAUCACGCCGGCAUGACGCGCGUUGACCGUACGCUGGUGGAGGAUCUGUUUGCCGAUCGACACAUCCAGGUGCUGGUGUCGACUGCGACCCUUGCGUGGGGUGUGAAUCUGCCGGCCCACACCGUCAUCAUCAAGGGCACCCAGGUGUACAAUCCGGAGAAGGGCCGCUGGGUCGAGCUGGGCGCACUGGACGUGCUGCAGAUGCUGGGUCGUGCCGGUCGGCCCCAGUACGACACGAAGGGUGAAGGUAUUCUCAUCACCAACCACAGCGAGCUGCAGUACUAUCUCUCGCUGCUGAACCAGCAGCUGCCGAUCGAAUCGCAGCUCAUCUCCAAGCUGCCGGACAUGCUGAACGCCGAGAUUGUGCUCGGUACGGUGCAGAACGUCAAGGAUGCCGUCACUUGGCUCGGCUACACGUAUCUCUACAUCCGGAUGCUGCGCCAACCGACCCUGUACGGCGUGUCGAUCGAUGCGGUGAAGGAGGAUCCGCUGCUCGAGCAGUUCCGCGCGGAUCUCAUCCACACGGCAGCACUGCACCUGGAGCGCAGCGGUCUGAUCAAGUACGAUCGCAAGAGCGGCCACCUGCAGGUGACGGAAGUCGGUCGCAUUGCGUCGCACUACUACUGCACGCACGAUACGAUGCUCACGUACCACCAGCUGCUGAAGCCCACGCUCAGCGAGAUCGAACUGUUCCGCGUGUUCUCCCUGUCCGGGGAGUUCCGCAACAUUACCGUGCGCGAGGAGGAAAAGCUCGAGCUGCAGAAGCUGAUGGAGCGCGUGCCGAUCCCGAUCAAGGAGAGCAUGGAAGAGCCGAGCGCCAAGGUGAACGUGUUGCUGCAAGCGUACAUCUCGCAGCUGAAGCUGGAAGGAUUCGCCCUGAUGGCCGACAUGGUGUACGUUACGCAGUCGGCGUCGCGGCUUUUGCGCGCCAUCUUCGAAAUCGUGCUGCACCGCGGCUGGGCCCAGCUGGCCGACAAGUGUCUGACGCUCUGCAAGAUGAUUGACCGGCGCAUGUGGCAAAGCAUGUCCCCGCUGCGACAGUUCCGCAAAAUGCCCGAGGAGAUUGUGAAGAAGAUCGAGAAGAAAAACUUCCCCUGGGAACGGCUGUACGAUCUGGAGGCGAACGAAAUCGGCGAGCUGAUCCGGGUGCCCAAGCUGGGCAAAACGAUCUACCGCUACAUUCACCAGUUUCCCAAGCUGGAACUCUCGACCCACAUCCAGCCGAUCACGCGGUCAACGCUGCGGGUCGAGCUGACCAUCACGCCCGACUUCCAGUGGGACGAAAAGGUGCACGGCCAGUCGGAAGCGUUCUGGAUUCUGGUGGAGGAUGUCGACUCGGAGGUGAUCCUGCACCAUGAGUAUUUCCUGCUGAAGGCAAAAUACUGUACCGAUGAUCAUCUGGUGAAGUUCUUCGUGCCGGUGUUUGAACCCUUGCCGCCGCAGUACUUCCUGCGCAUAGUGUCCGAUCGCUGGAUCGGUGCUGAAACGCAGCUGCCCGUCUCGUUCCGGCAUUUGAUUCUGCCGGAGAAAAACCUCCCCCCGACGGAGCUGCUCGAUCUGCAGCCGCUGCCGAUCACCGCGCUGCGUGAUCCCUCGUUCGAGGCACUGUACGCCGACCGGUUCCCCCAGUUUAACCCAAUUCAGACGCAAGUGUUUAACGCGGUUUACAACAGCGAAGAUAACGUGUUCGUUGGGGCUCCGACCGGGUCGGGCAAAACGACCAUCGCGGAGUUCGCCGUGCUUCGGCUGCUCUCGCAGAAUCCGGCCGGCCGCGUGGUGUAUCUGGUGGCGCGCGAUCCGCUGGCCGAUCUUGUGUUUCACGAGUGGCAUCAACGGUUCAGCCAGUCCUCGCUCGGCUGCAAGGUGGUGAAGCUGACCGGCGAAACCGGAACCGAUCUGAAGCUCAUCGCUAAGGGACAAAUCAUCGUAACGACCGCGGACAAGUGGGACGUGCUUUCGCGCCGCUGGAAGCAGCGCAAGAACGUCCAGAACGUGCAGCUGUUCAUCGUGGACGAGCUGCAGCUGAUCGGUGGUGAGGACGGCCCGGUACUCGAAGUCGCUUGCUCCCGUAUGCGCUACAUUUCAUCGCAAACCGAACAACCGAUACGUAUCAUCGCAUUGUCUGCCUCGCUGGCCGAUGCGCGCGAUAUCGCACAAUGGUUGGGCUGUGGUACGAACGCCACAUUUAACUUCCAUCCCUCCGUUCGUCCCAUUCCGCUGGAGCUGCACGUGCAAGGGCUGAACAUAACGCACAAUGCGUCGCGUGUUGCCGCCAUGUCGAAGCCGGUGUACAAUGCGAUCACCAAGUUCAGCCCGCACAAGCCCGUGAUCGUGUUCGUGACGUCGCGCAAGCUGGCCCGGCUAACGGCGAUCGAUGUGCUGACGUACUGUGCGGCAGAGCUGCAGCCCAAUCGAUUCUUCCACGCCGAGGAGGAAGACAUCAAACCAUUCCUGGACCGCAUGACGGACAAAACGCUGAAGGAAACGCUCUCCCAAGGUGUGGCGUACAUGCACGAGGGGCUGACGGCGGCCGACCAGCGCAUAGUGGAGCAGCUGUUCGACUCGGGCGCGGUACAGAUCGCCAUCUGCACGCGCGAUCUCUGCUGGGCGCUGAACAUUAGCGCCCAUCUGGUGAUUAUUAUGGACACGCAGUUCUACAACGGCCGCAACCAUACGUACGAUGACUACCCGAUUACCGAUGUGCUGCAAAUGAUCGGUCGUGCCAAUCGACCGCUGGAAGAUGACGACGCGAAGGCAGUGCUGAUGUGUCAAAGCUCGAAGAAGGAUUUCUACAAGAAGUUCCUCAACGAACCGCUGCCGGUGGAGAGCCAUCUCGAUCACCGGCUGCACGAUCACUUCAAUGCGGAGAUCGUGACGAAGACGAUCGAAAACAAGCAGGACGCCGUCGACUACCUCACGUGGACGUUCCUGUACCGGCGCUUGACACAGAAUCCCAACUACUACAACCUGCAGGGCGUUACCCACCGGCACCUCUCCGAUCACCUGUCGGAGCUGGUCGAAUCGACACUCUCCGAUCUGGAGCAAUCGAAGUGUAUCGGUGUGGAGGAUGAGAUGGACGCACUGCCGCUCAAUCUGGGCAUGAUUGCGGCGUACUACUACAUCAACUACACGACGAUUGAGCUGUUCAGUCUGUCGCUGAACAGCAAGACCAAGAUCCGAGGUUUGCUUGAAAUCAUUUCCUCCGCCGCCGAGUACGAGGAUCUGAUCGUGCGCCAUCACGAGGAUAACAUACUGCGCAGCCUGGCGGGACGGUUGCCGAACAAGCUGACCGGCCCGAACGGAACCGCCCCCAAGUACAAUGAUCCACACAUCAAGACGAACUUGCUGCUGCAGGCCCACCUCUCCCGUCUGCAGCUCGGUGCCGAGCUGCAGGGCGACACGGAGCAAAUCCUCGGCAAAGCCAUCCGCCUGGUACAGGCGUGCGUCGACGUACUGUCGUCCAACGGGUGGCUAUCGCCCGCCGUCGCUGCGAUGGAACUGGCCCAGAUGGUAACGCAGGCAAUGUGGAGCAAAGAUUCGUACCUGAAGCAGCUGCCCCACUUCACCACGGACAUCAUCAAGCGCUGCCAGGAGAAGGGCAUCGAGACGGUGUUCGACAUCAUGGAGCUGGACGAUGACGACCGGACCCGGUUGCUCCAGAUGACCGAUCAGCAGAUGUCGGACGUGGCACGGUUCUGCAACCGCUAUCCGAACAUUGAGCUCACCUUCUCGGUGCUUGACAAGGAUCGCAUUCAUUCUGGAUCGUCCGUCGAUGUGGAGGUGGCAUUGGAGCGCGAGGAUGACGUGACGGGUCCUGUGAUUGCUCCGUUCUUCCCCCAGAAACGCGAGGAAGGCUGGUGGGUCGUUAUCGGUGAUCCGAAAACGAACUCGCUCCUGUCCAUCAAACGGCUCACGCUGCAACAGAAGGCAAAGGUGAAGCUGAACUUUGUCGCGCCGAGUCCGGGCCACCACGAGUACACGCUCUACUACAUGAGCGAUUCGUAUCUGGGCUGCGAUCAGGAGUACAAAUUUUCCAUCAACGUAGGCGAUUUCCAGUCGGAGAGCGAAAGCGAAUCGGACUAAGGGCGUUAUGUUGUGCUGUGCAGAGGGAGCAGCAGUGGAUCAUCAUUACAGUACAGUACACAACCGUUUCGGGGUUUGUAUUAUCGGUGCAUACAUUUGAAUGGUCGUAUAGUUUUAAAACAAAAGUGCGUGUGUGUUUCCCUUUUACCUUAAACCACUGAAAAAGCUAUGUAUUUCUUACAAGACAGCAUACAUAAAUAGAACAUCUAAACUAUCCGUAGAUUUGAAAACAAAAAAGGUAAAUCUUUCGACUCCGAAACAAAUGUCCCCAAUAUCCUUCGUGCCCAAAUGAAUACACACAUUGUCCAUCUUCUUCAGUAUGCCCUUUCCCCUUCUCCUCCCAUCCCAUGGACACUGGUCGUGUCGGUCCUUCCGGUUUUUCUUUACCUGUUCCGCUUCCGACUCAAAUUUCAAGGCAUCAAUUCUCCUGCAGCGCGAAACCUUAUCCCAAAACGUGUCUAAUAUUUCUUUACGGUCUGCGCGUGUGCGUGCGAUUCCACGAAAAAGCGUAAAACAGUCGUACGGUGUACAUGUACAUUACCCCAACUUGGUAGACGCCUCCCUCCCACCGAUGGGUAGAGAUAGAGGCGCAGAAUACCAACUAAUCGAUCGAAUUACAAGUGAAGAACAAUGGACCAAAAGGCCGUCCUUUUGAAAAUUAGUGCCGAAAUACGAAUCGCUCGCGGCCGUUGCGCGUUCGAAAAGCGCGCCCAGCGUGGGAGGUUGAAGGGCGGCGGGGAGGUUCGGUAUCGAUUUCGGAACGAUGUAUCGUGUGCCCGUCCACUAGUGGCUAGAGGUGUUGUAAUUUUCGGCUUUUCAGAUUGGUGUGUGUGUCGAUCGGAUCGGGUAAGGGAGGAUACCAAGUGUGUGAUCGUCUUCUCCGACACACCCCACGCGUGUUGGAGGUGUGUUCGCGCUGUGCUGCUUCCUCAUCCGCUUACAGUUCCGGCCCGGAAUGGUGUCACGUGUGUGUGCACGCGCGUGUGCAUGUGUGUGAUCUUUUGUUUCCGCACGCUUGCGGAUAAAAUUCAAUGUUUUGCAAAACACCGAAUGUAAACCGAACUCUCCUCCAACUCGUGCUGUGGCCACGAGCAUCGUGUUGCAUAUCACGCCUUCAAUGAGCAGUGAGAGGGAAGGUAGGUGUAAAAGGUAAAUGUGGGCAAUUGUGCAUCUGCUGCAUGGUAUAUUAGAUCCAGGGUAACAAGUGUUUCUUUCAAUGCACCAACAUGCUGAACGUGCUCAUCUUUACCUCGGCGCCAUCAUCUCUCAAGGUAGAAUAGAUUGAUAACACGUAAAUAGGGGGGAGUGCCGAGGCGCUUCAGAAUCGCCCUGUUUGCGAUCGAGUGGGUGAAACUUUCCGUGAAAUCCUUGUUUGACAGCUCGCCAGGCACAUGCGGGCGCCGGGAUCGAACCGCAAUCGUUCGCUAAUUGCUUUCUGGAGUGAAAGAAAACACACGAUCGAGCAGUGUAGACACACCACGAUGAUGAUGUCGGUACAAGAUGUUCCAACAAGAUCGAGCUGUUCGAUAGAGAAUGUUUAUUGCUUAGUGAUUGUCUAACAAAAAAAAAACAACCGUUUAAUUUACUACAGUCAACAAGGCCGGGAAAUCAAAUCGAUCGAUCAUUCAUACACCCAACAUUGUUCAUUUGUGACCAGCAGAUAUUUUUAAAACACCCAGAGAAGACACCGAAAAGUGAAAGAGCCCUUAACCUAACGCUUAACUAUUUGAAUCAAACCCUCAACCCUCCCCCAGCACACAAACACACUAGCGAUGAAUGUGAAUGAGUCCCAAAAAAACCGGUUCAAUAGUCCCGAUUCCCUUUCCCCCACAAAGACGGUGGUAUGCAUUUGUUCGCCUCUUCAAACGGGCUGUGUAUCUUGGAAGGGCUACAAGCGGCUUAACGCCCUUUUUAAUAGUUCCCCUUAACCGUUGUCACCACUUGAUUGAUGGUGGUAUGGUAAUCUGCCUUCCCCCUCCCCGAAAAAGGGCAUACAUACCGCUAAACGUAAAGCUGAAGAGCAGUGUCUUUUGAUGUGGGGGGGGGGGGAACAAAAGAGCUUUCCAAGGAGCCGUUUCGAGGGCUUUGUAGCACUUUCCUCUCAGGAAUAGAACUGAGCAAACACAACUUCUCUUUAUUGUGUUCUUAAAAACUAAAAAGCGUUUUUAGAGGCGCCAGCCACACUUUUGGGUGCUUUAUCUCGAGAGUACCUUUUUUUAAUAUCGCUUCCCUGGGAAGAAAGGAAUUAACGAUCUUAUUUGAAUAGAGGAGAAACCUUCGCCAGCUAUACGGUGUAGCUAACGGGCCACUUUCUCCUGUCGUCGACAAAGUUUGGACUCCACAUUUCCGGUUAGUGUUUACAAAAUGCAUUUGCAUUCGCGACGCUUUAACACCACCCUCAACCCUGUGCAUCGAGCCUCCGUUGCAUGCGGCCACGGGAUGACAUCUGUCGCCAUUAAGCGCGCUGAUUAACCAACAGACAGCAGAGGCACCAAACGAUGCACUACGGACUCUGGGGGGAGAUGACGAGCUAACAAACAUAGCAAGUACCACAGCCGCCAUCCUCGCCUCCUCACAUCUCCAGCCAGUCAAGCCAGCAGCGAACGGACAGGCAAUCCAGUACUGCCCACCCGGCGUGGCAUGCGCUAGCUGCAUGAUUUGUUUAUUUUCGGAACAACCGGCCAGUCUCGCGCACGUUGGUGGUGGUGGUGGCUUUUUCUCUAUCGCUAGCACACUAUCACGAACUCGGAUGGCUCGAACCCUGCGCGGCCGACCGGGAAUCUCCAACACACCGCCCGCUGCCCAGCUCCAUCUCUCUCUCUCUCAACCCUCCACAGGGCGGGGUUGGAAAGGCACACAGACGAAAAAAGGAAGCUAAAAAUAAAGACUUAUGAAUUAUGAAUGCUUCCCGAAUGACACAUCCACAGCCGAUGGUUUGUAUCUCUCGUGCUCGGAAUGUAAUUAUGCUGGGCAUUUGGGUAGCCAAGGCAUGCCGACAUUGGAAGUCAACUUUCGAUCGAUGAUCGAGACGGGCAAUGAAUGUACCAUGAAAAGGCUUACGAUCACCUAAAGCUAUUGUUAAAGCAUCUUCUUACCACUACUAAUCAAAUUUGGGGCAAAAAUGCGUGCCAACUUCACCACUACAGAGAGAUGAGAUGAUCGAUGACAGAUCCUUGCAGCUCCAAACGGAACAGGGGUUCAGUUAGUGCAAAGAAAGUGUCCCGCAGUGUUCGGCUCUUGCCGAUGCACGAUCACUUUGGGAGGAAAUUGAGCUGUGUUUCUGUUUCUUUUAACGUGUUAUUUAAUCCUUUUUGUUAGACUGUCUUCUUUUUUUUACUGUAACUCUCUGUUUUGUGAUCGCGGGUUUUAUGUGAUAUGUUCUGCCCGAGGGCUCCCGCAAUGCAUCAAAUGCAUCCCUACACAUUGUGAUAAUGGUAUAAAGCACUUUCACGCCACGAGUAUGCCGGCUGCUGCUGAUCCUUAAAUUUAAACUACAACCUAAAUCCUUCUGCUUAAACGUGCGCCAAUGUUGGUGCGGAUCUUGGCGCAGAAUUCGCUUAUCUAAGCGCAAGAUAAAUCAUGAUGACAUUGUGGGCGAUGCACACACAGAGUCUUACUAUCAGCUAUGCACCGCAGUACUGUAUGCAGUUUCGCCGAGAGUAUAGAAGAGAGCGGUGAGAACAUAAAUGCUGCUCUCAUGUGAAGGAGAAGUUGUAGAAGAACAAUAAAAAAAGGAUUUUAUAGAAUAAAUCUACAACUGCAGUUGCAGAGAUUAUCGAGAAGCAUUCAAACACACGAAACGGAACCCUACAAAUGUCUACGCGUUUGUCAGACUGUUGGCCGUUUCUACUCACUGAUUCUCGUGGACGCUCACCUUUAGCGGGAGCGGACAAGUAGGCAACGACGCAGAGAACGAGAGAGCCACCCCUAUCGCGCUCAGUUGGAAACGCUGUGCUGUAUGCGAUCGACAACGACCGCGGGCCUUGUGCGCCAUGAAUAAAGGUAGUACCAUUUAAUUCCUUCGCUCGGCGCACCGAGGCAUGAGUCUUCGAUAAACGGUCGAAGCAAAUGGACGUAGCUCGCUCUUCCCGCAACCAUCACACGGCACCAAACACGACAACAGCAACUCGGAGCGCUGCUCCUGCUGCUGCUACUGCUAUAUUACACACUCCCGGUCGUCUCAGCCUUUAGAGUUUGUGGCCUCUAUCCCUGCAACGUGGUUACGGCGGAACAACAUGAGCAACAGUGUCGUGGCACAAUUGCUCGCUAAGAAGGCGUCCUGAAGCAGCUACAUCUGUGCCGUCCAUUUCCUUCUAAAGUGUGUUUUGUGAAACCGUCUGUGAAGGAUCUGCUCCGUACAUCCUUCCUUUACACAAAUAAAAAAAAACGGGAUGAUACGAUGGUGGUAAAAGCGUGUGUAAGAAGUGAGCGUCCAUUGUAAGAAGAAAAGGUCGGAAGUCACCGCAGGGUGUGUUCCGAAGGGCUCAACAGCUGAUUGUGCAAAGGGAAGAAGGAACGGUGAAGGUGUUUGUGCAAGGAUCCGUUUAUUCCUCGUACAGAAAAAGAAAGCACGCAGAGGAACAGUGGGUGAAACAAAUCACGGCACGCCAAUGAAAGUGAAUCGCGGCAACUUGUUCCCGACCGAUCCGUUCUAGCUCUCCUUUAAAGUGCGUGACGUCGGCUGGUUGUCCGCGUGUUUGUGUGUGUGUGACGUGGCUUGCCUAAAUUCCGUUAUUUCUACUCCCACCGAAAAAUCACUCAGCCGGGACACACAGCUGACUGACCAUCGCCGGUGAACUUCAGCUAAAAAUAAA